AUGUCCUGGUCAUUCCAACUACAGAGGAUCAACCACUCUUUUGAACGCAUUGCGUCGUGGUAUAAUGAAUUUAUGCAUAGAACGGAACUGUGCUUUCGAGAGCUACAUGAGCGUGUCACGACACUUGAGGAGCAUCAAGUCUCCCAAGGACCUACUGACGAGCAGGUCGAGCGUUUGUUACGCAAAAUCCUGGCCGAGAGAUUCUCAUAUUCAGACCCUCAGUCUCCCGAAGGUGUCAGAGAUGUAAAUGGCAAUCAUGCUCUCGGUGGUGGAAGGAAAUUUUUAGCGUAUCCGAAGCCGAUUGCGAUUGAUCCUGCCUCACUGGUAGUCGAGCCCGAUUCUGUGCCGUCCAAGGCCUAUAGCGAAACCUUCCACAUGCUCGAGAGUCGACUAGCUACGUUUCCCUAUGUGAGCAGUCCUACGAGCCAAGAUGAUGUCAAAGAUAUCAAGGUGGAUCCAAACGUUGGGGUUGCAGAAUCAGCACACAAUUUUUGA